AUGCCCAUGAACCCAAUUGAAGAGGUGGAAGUAUUCGAUGUAUGGGAAAUUGACUUUAUGGGACCAUUUGUCAGCUCAUAUAAUAACAAGUACGUACUUGUAGCGGUGGACUAUGUCUCGAAAUGGGUAGAAGUCGUGGCACUUCCAAAAAAUGAUGCAAAGGCAGUUAUUGGUUUCCUGAGAAAGAACAUCUUCACCCGAUUUGGCACUCCAAGAGCUAUCAUCAGUAAUGGAGGCACCCACUUCUGCAAUCGAGCCUUUGCAAAGCUGUUGGAGAAAUAUGGCAUUUGCCAUAAGGUUGCUACUCUGUAUCACCCACAAACAAGUGGGCAAGUCGAGGUGUCAAAUAGAGAAAUCAAGAGUGUUUUGACCAAAACUGUAAAUGCUACUCGGACUGAUUGGGCGAGAAAAUUGGAUGAUGCGCUAUGGGCUUGCCGCACUGCAUUCAAAACUCCGAUUGGUACUAAUAUGUUUGCAGGUACAAUUAUGCCUCCAAGAAAAGACACCGGUAAAGGCAAAGCCACAUCCAUGACUCCGUCUAAAGCUAAGGCUACCUCCGCACCUCUACCGAAGAAGAGAAAAGGGGGUAAAGCCACUUCAAGUCAAGUUGAAGGAUUGCAAGCCAUGGAAGCUAUAGCAGACACUCGUCCACAAACUCAAGGACAGUGGGAGUUUGGACUCAAAAGCAUACCCCCACACACUAAGGAUUGGUACAGGCGUUGUAGGCCAAAACAUGUACAUCCAGAAGCUGCUAUUCAUGAGCAUCGCCUGCAAGACAAGUACCAAGCGAUUUGGAGAGGCAUCUAUGAGUUGGGGUUGAGUUAUGUGUUCAAAAAUACAGGGGAUAUAAAUCUCAAACUGGUUCGGGAAUCUAUGUCGGGUUUGAUCCAAAGGAUCCGGAAUAGCUGGUGCCGAUUCGUGGACGGUUGA